CAAAAAUAUUCAUCUUUUCAGUUAUAUAACCCUUAAAUUAUAAUGCAAAAUGUAAACAAAGUAAAAAAGAAUGUGAAAAAGAAAAAUAAAAUGGCUUUUCAAACCAAAAGUAAGUAUCAAAAAGAAAAGAAAAAGAACCAUCCGGCCAUCCCCCACCUUCUGUCCUUCACAUUCACUUUCACACACACUCUUUCUGCUACAUCCCCUUUUCAUUAUCUGCAGAAUGACUGAAGCUCCCAUGGAAAUCACGCCAUCUUCCCAACACUUUUCAUUUUCACCAUUCAAACUCUGAAAUCUACAACGCCGGCCGCGAACGUAAAUCAUGGUCCGUAACGGCGGAGUUGAGAGUCCAUCUCCACGACCUCGAAUCCACCAGACGCAUCCUCACGACACGCCUCUUUUCCAGUCCACCGUCUCCGAACGCAAGCUCCGUCGCUUCAAUAUAUCGAUUUUUGUCUUCCGUUUCGCCGCUUUUGGUUCCUCCAUCUCCUCCGCCGUUUUCAUGCUCACCACCAACACCGCCUCCUCAUCGGAUACCCCUCGUUGGUACCACUUCGGCGCCUUCCGAUUCGUUGUCGCUGCAAACGCUAUCGUCGCUUUAUAUUCAUUUUUCGAAAUGGGAGCUUCUGUUUGGGAAAUUUCUAGAGGUGCUACCAUUUUCCCGGAGUUCACUCAAGUCUGGUUCGAUUUCGGACACGAUCAGGUGUUUGCGUACUUGUUGCUGUCUGCCGGGUCGGCGGCGACGGAGCUUGCCAGACAACUGAGAGCGAUUGGCACGUGUACGGCAAAUAACGCCUUUUGCGUCCAAUCCGAUAUCGCCGUGGCCUUGGGAUUCGCCGGAUUUUUGUUCCUCUUGAUCUCUAUGAGAACUGAUACAGGGAAUAAUGAAUUUAUUGGAAGUUCAUGUAUCAUCAUGACCUAUUCUAGCCGAGUUAUAGUUUAUGUGAAGUAUAUGUAG